CUUUUUUAAUCGACACUUUUGAGAUUUAGCAAAAAAUAUCAAUUAUCUUCUUUAAAACUACGGUAGACUGACACGAUGCAGUUAAUCAAAACGCUUAUUGUGAUCUGUGCAGCCUCAAUGGUAAAGGCCCAUGGGUACCUCAAGUCACCUACCGCACGCGGUGGUAAGUCAGACGGCCCUUCAGACGAUAUCUGUGGCCGAGGUGGCACUAAUUCGAAAACCAGUGUAGCCACUUACACCCAGGGAGGCACCAUUAAAGUCGAUUGGGAGAUCACAAUUCCCCAUGACAACGGCUUUGUGGAGGUUCGUAUUUGCGAGGGCACAUCGGUUAGCACUAGCUGUUUGAAUAAGAACCUAUUACAACGUACCGAUGGGGGAGGCUCACGAGUCGAAGAUGUAAACGGGAAAAAGACAUUCUCUGAAACUUAUAGACUACCAGAGAAUUUAAGUUGUCCCGAAGGGUGUGUAUUGCAGUGGGAGUGGUUGGCCCCUGGAGACCAGAACUAUCACGCUUGCUCAGAUAUCACAAUAAAUCCCAGCAGCAGCAGCAGAAGCAGCAGCAGUAGCAGCAGCAGCAGUAGCAGCAGCAGUAGCAGCAGCAGUAGUAGUAGCAAUGACAACAAGGACGAUGACGACGAGGAGGAAGAAGAGGAUGAAAUGGAAGAAAGCAAUAACCCUCUUGAAUUACGUUGCCAAGACCGUGUGUCUGAACGCACCUGCGACCGCCGUGGCCGUGGCCUUAAUGCUAGCAAAAAAUGCUGCCGCAGCAAGGACGAAUGCCCCGGUUAUGAGGACACCAAGUGCACCUCAUCAUUCUGCUGUGAGUGAAAACUGUUGAGCUAUGAGCGUGCAACAUCUAACGAGGGUGAGGCGAAAUGAUUGAGGACCUCGCCACAAGGUUGGCUUUCUGUGAAAACUGGCCUAUUUAAAUACGCUACUAUUACGCUACUAUUGUAUUUUAUAGAAAUACGUUGAAUAAAGGAAAUUAUUAAAAAAACAGGAGCAUGCCCG